AUGCUGAUCGGUGGAGCAGUAAGCUACGUAGCUGGCAAGCAAGCGGUUCGCACGGUUUACUGGCGAACGGCGAGCAACGGCCGCCUGUUGAAGACGGCCAAGACCUGCAUGUUCCAAGGACCGCCGAAACCAGCUCCAUCCUCCACUUCCGCGUUCGAGGGCCAAUCCCACAUGGACCCGAUACCCAAGGACAUCUUCAAUCACAGAAAUUGAACGACGAAUCCUGUUGACAACAUGACCA